AUUUAACUGAUUGUGUGCAAAAAUACCACCUUAUGCAAGGCUCGUUUAUUUAAAAAUAUUUAUUUCUUUACAGUUAUUCAAAAACAAAAGUACUUUGAAUCUUUAUCUUCUUUCACUCAUCUAUGAAGCAGUAAAUUCACAUUAGUUGUCUCUUUAUUUUUCAUUUAUUUUUAUAAUAGAUGCAUACGGAAUGCAUGAAGGUGUUGAUAUUUUGUUGAAGGCCAGACUCUCACCUGUAGGAGGAGCUAUGGCUCGUAACAUGUGCUAUUAAAGCAGUGGAGAUCAGAGAUGUUUCCAUUCGGUCCUUAUUUACUGUCCAUAUGAGCCCAAAAUCACAGGCAUGAGUAUUUGGGACAGUAACAGUGUGAUCGAAUAAAGAAAGAUCUAUGUGUUUUGUUUGUUUGUUUGUUUGUUUUUUGGAAAAUGCAGAAGAUUGCCAAUAAGGUUUCUUCAUCUUAGUUUAAAUGCACAUCAAACAGCAUCUAUGAGGUUACAUGCAGAGAGGGGAGAGGGAGCAGAUAGAAGGAGAGAUAAAGAGAGAGAAAGUGAGUGAGUGUUUGCAUGUGUGUGAGAGAGCGGGGGGAGCAAAGAGGAAAAGAGAGAGAGAGUGAGACAAAGAAAGAGAGAGAAAGAGAGAGAGCAAACACAAGGAUAGCAAGCUUGACAUAUACAUAUUCGCAGUGAACAAACAGACAUCCUAAUGCCAGAGAAAGACAGACGAAGCCAGUGAGAGAAGAAGGUCACCUCUAGAGCAGUGAAAGAACGGGGGGUCAUACCUGAAGACUGAACUCUGGAAGUCUGGAAAUGGGAAUUCAGGAGGUCCUGCUUUAAACUGAAGAACACAUUUUGAUGCCACAACAUUGAAAAACGACCAGGGAUCACAGCAUUACUGAGGGUCACAAUGGAGAAACUCUCUGAAAAAGAUAAAGGUCUGAUCCGGGACAGCUGGGAGAGUCUGGGGAAGAACAAGGUGCCACAUGGAAUUGUUAUGUUCACGAGGUUAUUUGAGCUGGAUCCAGCACUACUUACACUCUUCAGCUACAGCACAAACUGUGGGGUUGCACCUGAAUGCCUGUCCAGCCCAGAGUUCCUCGAGCAUGUCACCAAGGUCAUGUUAGUGAUCGAUGCAGCUGUGAGCCAUCUUGAUGACCUUCAUACAUUGGAGGAAUUCUUGUUGAACCUGGGCAGGAAGCACCAGGCAGUUGGGGUGAAGACCCAGUCCUUUGCUGUGGUUGGAGAGUCCCUGCUCUAUAUGCUUCAGUCCAGCCUAGGUCCAGCCUACACAACACCACUGCGCCAGGCCUGGCUCAAUAUGUACAGCAUUGUGGUAUCAGCCAUGACCAGAGGCUGGGCCAAGAAUGGUGAACAUAAGUCCAACUGAGAAGGAGGUAGAUGUGAGAUUCACACUGGAACACCCAGUUGCUAUGGAGGUCACCAGAUGUAUCUUCUCAAAAAUCUUUUCAAAGAGUGAGGGUCUUGGAUGUGGGACCACCAAAUGGGAAAAUAAGUUCAGCUGAGUUGUGUUUUGGCUCCCUGAACAGUCCUAACUUUGGUAGCUUGGUCUAACUGUAGACUGAGAUUGUAGUUAGAGAUAACGAAGCCUAUAAGGUUGAAGUAUGCUUUUCAAGAGUCCAGGACAUAGAUAGCUUAUGGCUGAAACUUCAAAAGCAAAAGUGGCUUUGUACAUAUAGUAAUCACUAAAUGUAUUUCCUCAAACUAUCUUAAAUGACUGUCUUGAUGUAUUGUUGUUUCAUGUGAGCGUAAAACAGAGGUUUGACUAUGCACAUGUGAGCUUGGUCAACUUGGAAAAAGUUGUUUUAUUCUGUCGCCUCUUGGAAUCAAUUUAGAUAAAGGCCUUUAGAGCCACUACAAUUUCACUUUAACCUUAAAUUACACAGAAUUAAUUGUAUAAUCUUGCCUGUGCUGUGUUAGUUUGAGUUUAGUGAUGUUCAGUAAAUUAUCUGAGCAUGAACAUAAUAGUAUUUGGCAAUACGGUCCAAAUUAUAGUGUCAAAGCCAAUAAGCAAUCAGUAGCCAUAAUGUUUUGAUGCCAUCCAAACGUUCAUGUGAAAUUUUGUUUGCCACAUUCUUAAACCAUUAUCAGUAUUUCUGGCGAUGAAAGUAAAUGACGAGAACUGUUACAUCCGAAAUAGCUUUUGGAAUUUUUUAGACUGUUAAUUUAUGAAUCUGUGCCAUGUCAUAAGUUUACAUUUCCAUUGUAUGGGAUUAUAAUCUAAGCACUCUACUCCAAGGCUUACUUACGAAAGACUUGUGUAGACUGUUACUUAACAUAAAGUGACUGUUAUAUCAUAGAAACCAGAUGAUUUGCUCACUUAUUUACAAUUGUAGAUAGUCAAAAAGUGUUUAUGCUAAACGACCCACUCCAGUGGGCAUUGGCUAUAUAUAAGAAUUUUUAUUUCAAAUUUAGUUUUUCAGAGUUUUUGUUCGCAAACUUUCUGAAUAUGUUUUAAAAAUAGUAAAUUGCAUUAGUUGGCUUAUUACAACCUUGUAAAUUAAGAACAUAGACACUCUUAUCUAAGAUAAGAAUAUUUGUUGCCAUAAUUAUGAGCUAUAGAAAAACGUUAAAAGCGAUGAUAACCGUUUUGCUGCUAUCAUUAAAACAUUAAAUAGCUUUGUAGAAACAUUGUCCUCUUUAUAUGAGAGAUAUUUCUACAUUUAAAUGGUUCAGGCCAAGUAUUUCAAAGUGCGUACAACUGUCACAGAUAUUGAAACUGCUGGUUCAUUUUACAUGUUACUUUAUAUGACAAUACUGUACCUACUUUAGGUAUAUAGACUUUUCUGUAUAUUUAGGUGUAUGUGGAUCGUAGUGUUGUCAAAAGUACCGACUUCCGUACCAAGUCAGUACUGAAAUUUAAAAAAUGUGAUGAUACCAGCAUUUCCCCAUAGCAUUUUGAGCACUGUCGAGCAGAUUCUUAAACACCUUUGAUUGGCCAUUGUGUUCAUAUGCUCAACAGUUAUGUUUGUGAUUGUCUACAAUGAUGAACGCUUCAAAAAUGUGCUUAAGAAUCUGCUCAACGGCGCUCAAAAUGCUAUGGGGAAAUACUGGUAUCGUCACAUUUUUCAAAUUUCAGAAUCGACUCGGUACCAAAGUCUGUAGUUUUGACAACACUAGUGGAUUGAUUAUUUAAUUUCACGUAUUGUUCAAUGGUGCACUAAAUACUUUUUUUGCGUAAAAUGUAUAAUUUGUUUUUCUCUUUCAAAGACUGUUCUCUUUUUCUGAAUAUGUAUCACCUAAUGGCUUUCCUAUGACCUGUCUUUAUGGAAUGAUCCGCUUAUUAGUAUUGAAAAUCUUUUACAAAGAUGCAAUGGUUAUAACAUUUUCAAGUGAAAGUGUUCCUUUGUGAUAAUCUAUGUUUAUUGACCAUUUAAGUAUUGUGUGUUUGUGUGCAGUGUUUGCUUCUGUGCUUUUUCUCUUGAUAUUCUGUGACUAAAUUGUCUCAAUGUCUACCUCACUGAAGCAGCUGAUAUUAAACUGCGAUGUUAUGACCUGGCUCCUCAGUAACCAAAAAAGUUAUAUUUCAAUUAUACUGUACAUCCUGUUUCCUCAGCCAGUCACCAAUCUAUCUAGAACCAGGAUCAGUCAAGGCUCUAUGUAAACACAUGUGUUUGAAGCUUAUUUGUAAUAAAUGACAGAAAUAAAGAAUAACUUGCUUAUG